AUGUCAACGCGUCCGCCGCUGCCGUCCUCCGCUUCGUCCAUGAAUCCAUUAGAUGGCCCAGGAGAGCUCAAUUAUGGUGUCUAUGGCCGCGUCCUUUUCUAUGGACAGCUCGAAAAACGUCGUGAUGGAGCUGUGCGCGGUGGUUGGGCCUCACGUCUCUUCGUCCUCACGCCAGAGAGUCUACAUUACUACCGCAAAGCCACGGAGUUUGAGCUGCUGGGAGAAGAACGAGGACUUGUCCCGUUGUCCUCGAUUACGAGGGUGCGUGCCAUGCCGGAGGAUGACGCGCCCUAUUUGUCGGUAGAGCCAGGAGUAGAGCACUAUUACCUUGAAAUCUGCACGAAGGACCGCCUAUAUCUGAUGCGGACACCAAUACGUGAGGCAUCAACGUGCGAGAGCUGGUCGAUUGCUAUAGAGGAGCAGCGCAAAGUGUUGCGCUCAGAAAAGGUGAAUAAACGUGAGUGUUCUUCAAACUCUAUUCCAUUUCCAGAGGCACUGCCUAGUCCCACUCUACUUGCACGCAACCAUGAGCUUUACUCCCAUUUCGAAGCAUCCCCACCGCGAAUGUCCAUGAUCUCGGUUGUUUAUCUGAGCGAACGGGUCGGGCGAGCUGCUGAAAAAGUGAUCAAGCGUCGGACGGAAUGGGGUGAAAAAGUUGAUCUCGGUGUGAUUCCACAAGGCGGAGCAUGCGUCAUUUUACUUCAAAAUGGAGGUAUCGGUCGUAUUGGUACACAAGCUCUUAUGAGUAGCUGGGAUUCGGGACGAUUUUGCUGGAUUGAAGUCACAGAUGCCGAGUUCCCGACAGAAAUUGAAGUUUCGGUGACGUGCAAAGUACUAACUCAGGAAGCCACUUUGAAGUCUCCCAAGAAUCAAAGUGUACAAGAAGGUUUACCGAAAUGGGUCGAAUGGGUUGAUGAAGGGUCUAGUAUCGGCUUUCUUUUAAUGUGUCUUUUCGUCCAUCUGCUAUAUGGCGUUGAUGGCUUUCACUGGUCGCAUAAGUGCUGUCUCACAGUUGGUGCUGCACUGGCCAUCUCGACUAUCCUCAAUGGGUCUUCUACAUAUAGGAAACCGCAUACUCCAAUCCCGAUUGCUAGACACACGAGUCCGACCGAUUUGCUACCGAAGUUGCAGUUUACGCUUACAGUUCAUCGAUGUCGGAUUAAGAUGGAGGGCUCAGAGUUCAUUUAUCCUCAAGCCAGCAACAAAGAGUAG